UACUCUGUUCAACGCAUUCCUUUCCUACUAAAGCGACUUUUACAAGCGACUACCCUGCGCACACAUAUGGACACAACAUAGUCAUACUAAUGCCUCGUCAUAGACCAACCUCAGGGUACGCCCGUCUGGCGCAGGCGGACGAAGAUGAACCCUUGGGAGACGAGGAGUCUGAUGAGGAAACAUAUAACAACCCACCCUUGACGACGCGUUAUGCAUCCAUACAACCUGGUCCCCGAGAGGGAAUGCGCUCCGGAGCCUACAACGAUCAUCCUCGAAGACCUCCGAGACGGAUGAGGAGCAACUCAUCCGGAGUGGACAUCAAAGCCAUCAAUGCGAGACUAGAAAGAUGGGCAGAAGAGAUUGCCUCAAAGUUCAAGAUCACUUCAGUCAAAGGCAAGACGCAGGAGGAGGAACAUCUAGAGAUACAUCACUCGGUCUUCCAAGCACCUCCGGGCGUCAACCCCUAUACUGCCGAAGAACUGGCUACCUAUACCGCUGCCGAAACUCAACGAAUGACCAGACAACAAUUUGGGGACAUCGUCGAAAGUGUCAGAGUCGCGAUCGAAAACGGCAUGCACCCAAAGAUGAUCACGCAAGGUAGCUCCGGGAGCUAUUUUGCACGCAACAGUGCAGGCAAGGUUGUGGGAGUUUUCAAACCCAAGGAUGAGGAGCCAUAUGCGUCACGAAAUCCAAAAUGGACGAAAUGGCUACACAGAAACCUGUUCCCUUUUGCUUUCGGCAGGGCAUGUCUCAUUCCCAACUUGUCCUACGUCUCCGAGGCCGCCGCAUAUACCCUGGACGUUCAACUGAGGACGUACCUAGUACCAUAUACAGACGUGGUAUGGUUGUCCUCUAGGUCCUUCUUCUAUGAUUUUUGGGAACGAAGAAGCGCUCGGAAAAAAGGUCUACCCGCAAAGCCUGGCAGUUUUCAGGUCUUUCUCAAAGGCUUCAAGGAUGCGAACAUCUUCCUCCGCGAGAACCCUUGGCCGGAUCAAGCUACAGAGUUCCGAGCCGAUAUGGAAAAUAAAAAGAAGAGAAGGCCGCUGGCUAAUUGCAUGCCGAGCGUCGGCCAAUCUGAUGAUGACGAGCCUGUUCGAAUACAGUCACCCAUGCUACAGGAGCAGGCACCCAAGUUCUCCUGGACGCCCACCAUAAAACAGGCCUUCCGAGAAGAACUAGAGAAACUAGUCAUCCUGGAUUACAUUAUGCGAAAUACGGAUCGAGGGUUGGACAAUUGGAUGAUCAAAAUCGACUGGAAGCGCGAGGAAGUUUCCCUUGUGGUAGAACCGCCCAAAAUGAAUGGAUUCUCAGAGGGCGUAGAUGCCGCUUUGAGACAGGCAUCGCUAAGCCCACGGCCGGAGUCCAACACCUCGAGACCGUAUCGAAGGCCUGAGGCCAUGGAGAGCCGAUCAGCGACUCCGUUGCCCGGAGGAAAAGAAGACGCUCGAUGCGCUAUAACUAUAGGAGCCAUUGACAACAGUCUGUCGUGGCCAUGGAAACAUCCUGAUGCUUGGCGAAGCUUUCCUUUCGGCUGGCUCUUCCUUCCAGUCUCCCUGAUCGGACAGCCAUUCUCCAAGAGGACUCGGGAACAUUUCCUUCCCCUGCUCACUUCGACCGCAUGGUGGGGUGAGACUCAGCUGGCUUUGAGAAGAGUGUUCGCGCUCGACUCCGAUUUUAAAGAGAGCAUGUUUGCACGACAGAUUGCCGUCAUGAAAGGCCAAGCAUGGAACGUCGUCGAAACACUCAAACAGGCUGAUCACGGACCACUCGAGUUGACGAGGAGAACCAGAGUAUGCGUCUGGGACGACCUGGUCGAUGUGCCUGUCGCCGUACCCAUGCGCGUGCCUUCGACUGAGAUGAGUCGCAAACCACGCCGGUACGACCAGCAGGAAGAGAUGGACAUAGGAGCGUCGUAUGCUUCCGCACCACCUGGUCGACAAAUCCCACAGCACGACCUUCUGGGGUCACCUACCACCGAACUCCCCAACCCGAACCGCUUCGAUCUCACACGGGAGGACACCGCAGGCGACCUAUCGUUUUUGCCUGGUGAAGAGGAUUCUGUGAGUCCUCCUCCGGCCAUCGGCACCGGGUAUGACUCGAAAGAUCACCACAAGGAGGCGAGGAACAGUCUCGGCAGCCUUCCUGUCGUGCGACCGACCAUGAAGAACAAGAAUAGAUUCAGCUUUGAGUUUCCCCGCCGCGACGUCAAUGCUACCAGGCAGGGUUUGCGAAGGCAGCGGUCCAUGUCCACUCGCAGCGGGAAGCAGCCUCCUAUACUGUACGAAGGUGACGACCUUGAAGGUGAUCUGGGUUAUGCCGCUGCCAGUGACAUGGAGGCCAACAAGCGCAAGGUCAUUGUUGAGCGGUUGGAGACUAUCAAGGGCAAGAAGCCCUUUUUUACGUGGUGUUGAUACUACCGACUUAAAAACGAAUACGCAAGAAAGGCAAGAAGCCAGCAUGGGGCGGAAUGUACCCUGUCGGAAUUUUGUGCAUUGUAAACGCCGGGUAUGGGAAACGGGGCACCCGCCCAUGCUAUAGACGCAAAAAAAGCUGGAGGAGGCAUGUUACCAUCUAUCACGACUGGACCAGAGGGGUUAUAUCUGUAUAAGACCUCGUACUUGUGUAGGUAUUGGCAAGGACGAGCUAUGUCUGCCAGUCGAAUGAAUCAUCAU